GUAUGCGACGAUUAUGGCAAACCGACAGAUAAACACAGACAGAGUUGUAAUGCCAGCUUAAUUUGGGCAAUUUUGUAUUUAUAUUCGCUUAACUUUAUUUGAGAAACAAAUUCAUUACCGUAUCAAUGGCUUAUGAUAACCACAAAGAUGUUUGAUAGACUUUGGCUUUGUUUUGACUGUCUAAAAGAAAGAGGAGACCGGCCCUAGUCAUUUUUAGAAACCAGUUCCAAACCCUACGGAAAGCAAUCAUGCUUGCGAUGAUUGUUCAGAGUAUUCUGAAGUCCCUCUCGGGUAUGACAUGUCUAGGAGUAAUCCUGGCAGAUGCGUCGGCACUAAGCGGAAUCCUCAUGGGUUACAACAUUGUCAAGGAAACCGAGUUGAAGGACCCGAUCAUGACGGUGAUUUUCGGCAAUCUCCUGCUGAGCGCCACAUUUGUGGACAUCUUCAACCAGGGUAUUGGGCUCAUCUUUGCUCUUUGCUACGAAAUGAAAUGGAUGCUUCGGAUCUACAUGGCACUGCUGCUCGCCGUUCUUUUCAUACGAUUCUCCAUUGUGUGCAAGCCUCCGGUGACCGGUCUGAAGUCGGCGCCGUUCCUCGGCCGGCCGUGGACCUCGUCCAACACGCCCUACGCGCAGAUGGACCAGGACAUCAUCAGCUACUACAGCCGCGCACCCAGCCAGUCGCUCUACAGCUCACUGGCCACCUUCGAGGUGAAGCUGCGCUGCUGCGGCGUCAAUGCGCCCACCGACUACAGCGCCAAGUUCCCCACGCCGCAGACCUGUCUGCCGGGCGCCACGCUGCCCACAGACUCGGCCGUCGCCGGCAACGGCACCGCGUCGGAGAGCGCCGCUCCUGGCGGGGGGAACGGCACGGCGCCGGCCACCAACAGCUCCAGUCGUCUGGAGGCCACCACGGCGGCCCCGGCGGCAGCCACCACCGCCGCGGCGUCCGGAAAGAACGACUCGUCGCCGGCGGGCCCGGGCGCCGCGGCGGCCGGCGGCGGAGCGAGCGUGGACCGGCCCGGCUGCCGGCCGCGCGUCUGGUCGCUCUUUGAGGGCUCCAAGGUGGCGUUCGACGCCACCGUGUCGGCGAUGACGUUCGGCAUCAUGACGGCGCUGCUGACAGUGGCCUGGUGCGAGCUCUGGGGAGAGGGCCUCAUCAGCGGCAUCGAGUGCUGUCAGGAGACGGAGAAGACCUCGCGGAAGGCUUCCUGAGCCGCCGACGGCUGUCCGAGGCCGCUGAAUCGCUCACUGAUCGGCUAUCACGUCCCCUUGGUGUCUUUGUUUUGUUUUGUUUUGUUCUGAAAAUGUCUUGCUAUCCUGGCUGAUGAAAUACGAAAUGAAUCCGACCAAGGAAACAUGCUGACUGCAUGUAUAAAUAAAACUUACAGCAACAGCAACGCAAUA